GCCCUCCGCCCCGGGCCUGUCACUCGCGGCUCCCGCGGUGGCCGAGCCGGCUCCGCGGACCCCCGCCCCACCCGGACGCCGGACGCCGGACGCUGAGCCGGGCCGGAGCUGCCGGCCGCGCCCGCCAAGUCGCGGGCUGGGAUGCGCGCCGUGAGCGCGCGUGCCCGACCGCAGUACGCGCGCUCCGUCCCGAGCGAGCGCUCCCCGCGGUGGCGGCGACGACGGCGGCGGCGGCGGCGACGCGCCCCGCGCGCCUCUCCGGCCCUUGCCCCGGCUACGCGGGCCCCCGACGGGCCCAUGGGUGGCGGAACGGAGCGGGCGCCCUGAGCGCGGCACCGGCGUUGGGGGCAACCCCAGGGCAAGCGAGAGCCAGGUGAGCCAGGCGCUGACAGCGGUCGAGUCCUAAGCCGGGUGUGGGCCCAGGACGUGCGGAGGUUUUUGCGGUUGUGUGCCCUGAAGGAAGAAGCUCUUUGGAGCACCGAGAAUAAAUGGCUCUGCCCCGCGAGCGGCGCGCGCUGCAGAUCCGCGCCUGCAGUGCGCUGUCUUUCUCGGCAUAUUCCUUCUUAUCUGGAGGGAUAUAUAUAAGAGACCUAGGGAUUCGCGGGGGAGGGCUGAGAUCCAGCACAGAUCGGUGAGAGUCCCUGCGAAGCGCCCCCGCUGGCAGCCAGAUUUGGAGAAGGUCGUCCGCGGCUGCAGCGGGCAGGGGGAUGCGAAACCUCCGACGCCAGAGGGUCGGCUCCGGCCUGCGGUCUGGCACCAUGCACUAGGAUACCCAGAACGCUGCAAGGCCACGCCCUCCUCACUUCAGGGGUCACUCUCCCCAUUGCCCACCACCCCACCAUGGCUGGGGAUCGGCUCCCGAGGAAGGUGAUGGACGCAAAGAAACUGGCCAGCCUGCUGCGUGGCGGGCCUGGGGGACCCUUGGUCAUCGACAGCCGGUCCUUCGUGGAGUAUAACAGCUGCCACGUGCUGAGCUCUGUGAAUAUCUGCUGUUCAAAGCUGGUGAAGCGGCGCCUUCAGCAGGGAAAAGUGACAAUUGCUGAGCUUAUCCAGCCUGCUACACGGAGCCAGGUGGAUGCCACAGAACCACAGGAUGUAGUGGUGUAUGACCAGAGCACACGAGAUGCCAGCGUGCUGGCAGCAGACAGCUUCCUGUCCAUCCUGCUCAGCAAGCUGGACGGCUGCUUCGACAGUGUGGCCAUCCUCACAGGAGGCUUCGCCACCUUCUCCUCCUGCUUCCCUGGCCUCUGUGAGGGCAAGCCUGCCACUCUACCGUCCAUGAGCCUCUCUCAGCCCUGCCUGCCUGUGCCCAGUGUUGGCCUGACCCGAAUCCUGCCUCACCUCUACCUGGGCUCUCAGAAAGAUGUCUUGAACAAGGAUCUGAUGACCCAAAACGGAAUAAGCUAUGUCCUCAAUGCCAGCAACUCCUGCCCUAAACCGGACUUCAUCUGUGAGAGCCGUUUCAUGCGUAUCCCCAUCAAUGACAACUACUGUGAAAAGCUGCUGCCCUGGCUGGACAAGUCCAUCGAGUUUAUUGAUAAAGCCAAGCUGUCCAGCUGCCAAGUCAUUGUUCACUGUCUGGCUGGCAUCUCUCGCUCUGCCACCAUUGCCAUCGCGUACAUCAUGAAAACCAUGGGCAUGUCUUCUGACGACGCAUACAGGUUUGUGAAGGAUCGGCGCCCCUCCAUCUCGCCCAACUUCAACUUCCUGGGCCAGUUGCUGGAGUAUGAGAGGAGUCUGAAGCUGCUGGCUGCCCUGCAGACUGAUGGACCUCACUUGGGGACCCCUGAGCCCCUCAUGGGCCCGGCAGCAGGCAUCCCACUGCCCCGGCUGCCACCAUCUACCUCAGAGAGCGCUGCCACUGGGAGCGAGGCAGCCACCGCAGCCAGGGAGGGCAGCCCAAGUGCUGGAGGGGAUGCUCCGAUCCCCAGCACAGCUCCAGCCACCAGCGCGCUGCAGCAGGGCCUGCGUGGCCUGCACCUCUCCUCUGACCGCCUCCAGGACACCAACCGCCUCAAGCGUUCCUUUUCCCUGGACAUCAAGUCGGCCUAUGCACCCAGCAGGAGGCCCGACUUUCCCGGCCCACCCGACCCCGGUGAAGCCCCGAAGCUCUGCAAGCUGGACAGCCCGUCUGGGGGCACACUGGGCCUGCCCUCGCCCAGCCCAGACAGCCCGGACUCCGUUCCAGAGUGCCGCCCACGACCCCGCCGGCGACGCCCCCCGGCUAGUUCGCCUGCCCGCUCCCCCGCGCAUGGUCUGGGCCUGAACUUUGGAGACACGGCCCGGCAGACUCCACGGCACGGCCUCUCGGCCCUGUCGGCGCCCGGGCUGCCUGGCCCUGGCCAGCCGGCUGGCCCCGGGGGCUGGGUGCCGCCACUGGACUCCCCAGGCACACCGUCGCCCGACGGCCCCUGGUGCUUCAGCCCCGAGGGCGCGCAGGGUCCAGGCGCUGUGUUCUCCGCCUUUGGCCGGGUAAGUGCAGGCGCACCUGGACCCGGUAACAGCAGCAGCAGCGGUGGUGGUGGUGGUGGUGGUGGCGGCGGCGGCGGCGGCGGCGGCGGCGGCGGCAGCAGCAGCAGCAACAGCAGCAGCAGCAGCAGCAGCAGCAGCAGCAGCAGCAGCAGUAGUAGUAGUAGUAGUGACCUGCGGAGGCGGGAUGUGCGGACCGGCUGGCCCGAGGAGCCUGCUGCAGAUGCACAGUUCAAGAGGCGCAGCUGCCAGAUGGAGUUCGAAGAGGGCAUGGUGGAGGGGCGGGCACGUGGCGAGGAGCUGGCAGCCCUGGGCAAGCAAACCAGCUUCUCUGGCAGCGUGGAGGUCAUCGAAGUAUCGUGACCCUUCAGAAGUCCCUGUGCCCUUGCUCCAGCCAGGCCAGGUAUAAAUAUAUAUUAUAUAUAAAACACACAGAAAAGGUAAAUGGUUUUACUGCAAUUUUUAUCAAGAAGUAAAUAUUUCGAUUUUUUAUUUAUUUAAGCUAGUGAUCUGGCAACUGUGCGGGGCGGCCCUAAAGCUCUGUUUUUACUGUCUGGUAUUUAAACUGAAACAGGUUUCUAAGCAAUAUGAGGCCACCUUCAAUCCCAAACUGGGUUGACAGGCCUGGGCCCCUCCUUGCCCCUCCCCUCUGGAAACAUUACUGACCUUUCAAAGAGCUGCCCAGCUUUCCUGCACUUUUUACAUAAGAAAAAAGGGGGGGGGGGAAUGAAAAACAAAAAAAAAAAAAAACAAAAAACCCAAACCCUUACUUGCCACAAACUGAGCCGCAGACCCCUCCCCUCUCCUUUCCCUCUUCUCCUGUCUCUCCUCUCCUGUUUCUCCUAUCUUGGGCUCUGCAGCAAAGCCAUAGGUAAGGGGAGGAGGGGGAAACCCUAGUGUCCCUGCAGAAGGCCCCACUAGCAGUGUCCCCACACCUCAAAUUGCCAAGUCUUAGUGGCAUAGAGAUAGAUACCUUCUCUGCCCUUCACCCCAGGGCUGUUACCUGGCAGGUGUUGGUGGGCACUGGGCCCAGUGGAGCAGAGUUUUCAGGGAGACUUGGACAAGGGGGUUCCUGAAAGCCAGAUGAGGUAGCUCUGAAGGCAAGGACGGAGGACCUCACUCCUGUGAGAGUGAGGCCCAGUUCCCUAGAAGGGCCCAGGAGGCCAUUCAGAGGAAGCAUCUCUCUUUUCCUUUGCAGAUGCCCUGCCCAUUGGGAAGCCGAGUAGACUUCCCCAGCAUGUACUGGGGCAGUGUCCAAUGCCAGCAGGAGGAGCUUAGCUAGCUGGGGCUGGCAGGGGCUAUCUCUGCUGGUCAGAGGGGAGCUCUAGGCCCAGUAAGAAUGGGGGUAGAGUCAAGCUCUUGUUCUGGGCUCUUCCUGCUACAGGUAGGACUUGGAAUUCUACUGCGUCUGCAGGUUGGGGAGCCCCUGAGGCAGGCGGGGUAAAGUACCUACCAAGCCCUUAGGCUUACAGGAAGUGGGAAUCCUCAACUAUAGGAGAACUGUCUCCAAGCAGAGAAAGACCCCACCUAAGGACAGAUGCUGGGCAAGUCCCCCAUGACUGCCCCAUCCUCCAAAGGGCUUCUCAGGAGAGAGUCCCUCUGUAUGCGCACUUCCCAGGCAGCAUACUUCCCCAGUGUCUUCAAGAUGUUAUGCUAGCCUCCACCCAAGGUGGCUUUUUUAGGCUCAGAGCCAAUCUAGGAGAAGGACAAGGAGAAAAGUGCCAGCCACCCUUGCUGAAUAUCCUCUUGGGGACCCAAAGUUUUGAGGCAGAAUAGGAGUUCUUGCUCUUAGAUGUCUUUAAGUCUUGGAGUGGGUCUGUCCUUUGAGGAAGAAGCUAGGGGCUUGUUAACAAGUAGCUGGGGCAGGAUCUAGGGUGGCACCUUUCUACCCCACCUCUCUUGCUGUGUCCUUCUGUCUGUUCUUCUUUUGACCUGCUCCCCAUGUUCCUGUCACCCUCCUUCUUAAGCAAAAGUCCUGUCCUAGUUCUCUUGAUCCCACCCAUCCUGAUCCCUGAGAAAAUAAGCUAUUGUUGUAUUUGCAAUCUAUGGAUUAGAGGUUUAAGUAUUUAUUAUUAUUGGUUAAUUAUUAUUAUAAUUAUUAUUAUUAAUUAUGUAAAUUUACCUCCUGUCUGUCAUUGGAUUUCUGAGGUGACCCUGGGUGUGGAGGGUGCACUGGCUUCCCCCUCCAUGCCCCCACUCUACUGCUGUCCAGGAGACAGUGGUGUGGGGCCACCAGUUGGACCCUAAAGCUCCCCCUUGGGUCUGGUUCCUCCCCUCUCUUGAUGGAGAUAUGGCAUCUAUCCUGGAUACACGGGGCCCGUUGGCCUCAGUCUGUCUCUGUUCUCACUUACACAUGACCCUGGUCUCCCCAAAGUGAGCAGACAAGAUGGAGGAGGUCUCAGCUCCCCACUCCUUUGUGUUGGGGGAGGUGGAGCAUAGGCUUUCCCUGGUGGCUUUCCACCCACUGUCCACUGUGUGGAGGGUAUAGGGUUCUCUAUCACUCUCCCACCACUCUUACCUGGUCACUGCCGGCACUGGAAUGGCCCAGAAUGCACCUGGCUCCCUCUGUUGUCCAGUACAGGAGAGGUCCCUUGCCCAAGGCUUCCAGUCCCCGAGGGCCAGGGUGCCAGCUUCCCCCUUGGGACCUUGCCCCAUGAGGCCGCACUUUCCUGUCCCUCCUUUUGUAUUUGAAACAAUGUGUUGUAAUAAAUCAUGAGACGGAUGUUUUC